GUUUCUGAGAGAGACGGACAUGGAAGGAGGAGCUUCGCACUACAGCCCUCGAACUGUCGAAGAAGUCUUUCGAGAUUUCAAGGGCCGUCGAGCUGGCAUCAUCCAAGCUCUCACCACUGACGUGGAAGAUUUUUUCCAGCAAUGCGACCCUGAGAAGGAGAAUCUUUGCUUGUAUGGAUUCCCAAAUGAAGUGUGGGAAGUUAACUUACCAGCUGAAGAAGUGCCUCCUGAGCUUCCCGAACCUGCACUCGGCAUUAACUUUGCCAGAGAUGGGAUGCAGGAAAAAGAUUGGCUUUCUCUCGUUGCUGUCCACAGUGAUGCGUGGUUACUUUCUGUGUCCUUUUACUUUGGUUCAAGAAUUGGUUUUGAUAGAGCUGACAGGAAGCGCUUGUUCAACAUGAUAAACGAGGUUCCUACUGUAUUUGAAGUUGUAACUGGAAAUGAGAAGAAACAAACAAAGGAAAAGCCCUCUUCAGCAAAUCAAAAUGGCAACAGAUCCAAGUCAAAUUCAAAAGUGAGAGGUUUAGAAGGUAAAAGUUCAAAGACAAUACAGGCCAAGGACGAGGAAGAAGGAUUAGAGUUAGAGGAAGGGGAAGAGGAAGAGGAAGAGGAUGAAGAUGAACACGGUGAAACCCUAUGUGGAGCUUGUGGAGAUAACUAUGCUUCUGAUGAAUUCUGGAUUUGCUGUGACAUGUGCGAGAAAUGGUUCCACGGGAAGUGUGUGAAGAUCACUCCAGCUAGAGCUGAGCACAUCAAACAUUAUAAGUGCCCUUCUUGCAGCAACAAAAGAGCACGACCCUAGAUUUUUUAUUUUCACUAGUCUUAGCUACUAUCUAUGUAACCCCCAAACUGUACAAUGCACUUAAAGUUUGUUUGUUGUGCAGACAAGUAGAUUGGAAACAUAUCCCAGACUUGAGUCCUCAACCCAACUUUGUAUUACUCAGCUUGUAGUCUUUGAUACGAUAUGUUUCACAAGGCAUGAUCAAUCUGCUGAACCAAUACAAAUUUCGUACAACU